UAAAACAGAUGCUGAUGAUGACACAAUGUAGCCAACCUACUACAACGGGAAACAAUUUAGAGAUGUUUAACCUAAGAAAAGAGGUACAACACCACCAAAUAAAAUGGCUACAAAUAUAAAAAGAAAGCCUCAGGAUAUUAAUUUCACAGAUAUUGUUGUUGACAUCAGUUUUCAUCCAAAGAAAGAUGUGAUUGCUUCAGGUUCUAUUGAAGGGGAUGCAUUUCUACAUUCCUACUCCUCCACAUCAGAGAAUAGUGAAUUGAUGAAAUUGUCACAUCAUAAAAAGUCAUGCCGUGUGGUAAGAUUUUCUCCCAGUGGUGAUGAACUUCAUACUGCAUCUAAAGAUAAAUCGUUUAACUCUAUAGACCUUAAUACUGGAAGUGUAAAGAGAAAAGUGAAAAAUGCCCAUGAGUCCCCAAUAUACAGUAUGUUAGUAACAGGUGAAAACUUUCUUGUAACAGGAGAUGAUGAUGGUCAUUUAAAGUUAUGGGACCUAAGACAUCAGAAAGCUGUUAUGGAAGUGAAGGAAUCAGAGGAAUUUAUAAGUGACAUAGCAGUAGAUGAUGCUAAAAAAACUCUCUUAGUGACAAGUGGAGAAGGGACUCUUACAGCAUUCAAUUUGAGAAGAAAAAAGUUGGAAACACAAUCAGAAUUGUUUGAUUCAGAGUUUCUGUCAUUAGCUAUAUUAAAGAGAGGACAAAAGGUAGUCUGUGGUUGUGGAAUGGGAGAGUUAAAUAUUUUCACAUGGGGCGAGUGGGGUAAUAUAAGUGACAGGUUUCCUGGUCACCCCAUGUCAGUAGAUUGUAUGGUACCUAUCUCAGAUGACAUUGUGUGUACUGGUUCCUGUGAUGGAAUGAUCAGGGCAGUAAAUAUUCUUCCAAAUCGAUUCUUAGGAGUAGUAGGAGAGCACCCGGGUGAUUUCCCUAUUGAGAACCUCUCUCUAUCCAGAGACACGGAAUGGCUAGCAAGUUGCUCACAUGAUCAGAAAAUAAAAUUCUGGAAUAUUGACAGUAUUAAAGAAGAAACAGUGGAUGUAAGAAGUAGAGCUAAAAAGGGAAACAAGACUAAAUUCCUAAAAUCUUCAGAUAAAGGUGAUUUCUUUGCUGACAUGGCUGUUGAUGAAAACAGUGCUUCAACAAGUGGCCAGGGUGAAGGUGAUAAUAGUGAUGAUGAAGAUGAUGAUGAUGAUGACAGUGAUGAUGACGAAAGUGAUGAUGAUGAAUAAAAAAGAAUAUUUACAAAAU